UCGUUCGGACUCACUAAACCAUCUGUUUCCCUAAAUUCUGCUUUUUUUCGCUUCCUCCAUCUCCCGUCAUGUCUUUCCAAAAAGAACUCGAAGUAGCCAUUUCGGCAGUGCGUCGUGCCAGUUUCCUUACUGAAAAAGUCUUCAAUGAGCUCGUUCAGCUCAGACAAAAGCACCAGAGUGGAGCAAUUAUCAAGAGCGACCAGUCGCCUGUAACGGUCGGCGACUUUGGCGCGCAGGCUGUGAUUGCCGCGUUGUUGCACGAUGCUUUUCCUCAGGACCCCAUCGUUGGUGAGGAGAGUGCUGAUUUCUUGCGUUCGAACGACGAGGUUUGCAACCAGGUCUGGUCUCUGGUCCAGGAGUCUACGAAACGCGCUUCCGAGUUCCCUGAGCUCGGUCGCAUCGCGUCGAAGGAAGAUAUGUGCAACGCUAUCGACCGCGGUUCCUAUGUUGGAGGUCCCACCGGCCGUAUGUGGUCCAUUGAUCCGAUCGACGGCACAAAGGGUUUCCUUCGUGGCGAUCAGUAUGCGAUCUGCCUCUCGCUGAUCCAAGACGGUGUCCCUGUCGUCGGUGCGAUUGGCUGCCCGAAUCUGUACUGGGAUGUCCCUGCGACUGCCGACGGCCGCCGCGGUCUUGUUAUGGCUGCUGUUCGCAGCAGAGGCUGCUACCAGUACGAAUUGCACAAGGACGGUUACGAGGGAGAGCGCGUUCAAAUGCGUCCCGUCACUCGCUCCUCCGACGCUAAGUUCUGCGAAGGUGUCGAGCCCGGCCACUCUAUGCAAGAUACACAAGAACAGAUUGCUCGCGAGCUCGGUAUCACACUUGAGGCCACGCGUAUGGAUUCACAAGCCAAGUAUGCCAGCCUUGCUCGCGGUGACGGCGACAUCUAUCUCCGUCUCCCUCGAAGCAUGAAGUUUGAGGAGAAAAUCUGGGACCAUGCUGGAGGCUCUCUGCUUGUUCAAGAAGCCGGCGGCAUUGUCGGCGACAUGUUUGGCAAGCCUCUUGACUUUGGUCGUGGCCGUACCCUCAACCACAACCACGGCGUCAUUGCUGCUGCCAAGGGCAUCUACGAGCAAGUUAUUGCCGCUACCAAAAAGGUCACCGGCAAUGAUCCCCAAUUUGCUUUGUAGAAGAGGACUCAUCGUGUCGGCUCGUUGUCGCCUCUUGCGCGGCUUGCGACAGUUAUCUAGGAUAUGAUUGGAUGAAACGCGACACUUCUGUCGCAAAAUGAAACUUAAAAUUUUGCUAUUGCUAACUAGCUAGUCAAGACUUCCUGCUAAAUGCUGCACGUGGAAUUGCGUGAAAGCAAGGAACGUGGAUACUUCUGCACGUGUGUUGCCUACCAAGUUGUCUUGUAAUGAAUAGAGACGGUAUCUAGCUAAAGAAACUCAUGGCGUGUUGAUUUGCUAAGCGAAAACC